AUGAAGGUGAGCUCAUCAACAGCUGAGUUUUUGAACUGUGACGUGAGCUGGACAGCUUACAAUGGAAAGUUGUACUUCUUCAGCUCUAAUUAUAUGGACUGGUCAAGGAGCCGUGCUUUCUGUGUUUCAAAAGGAGCUGAUCUGGUCACCAUAACCAGCCAAACAGAACAGGAGUUUCUGGCUUCUAAAAUUAAAGCAUGGUACUGGAUUGGUCUCAGUGAUCUGGAAACUGAAGGACACUGGGUUUGGGUGAAUAACCAAACUCUCAGUGAAACUGAAGUACAGUUUUGGUACAAGAGAGAAUCUGGAAAAAGUGAACCUGAUAACUGGAAAGAAGAGGAUCCUACUGGAGAAAACUGUGCAAUUGUGAAAAAUGAUUUCAGCUAUUUAGAAAAUUGGUUUGAUGUUUCUUGCAAUUAUGAAAUUAUGUUUAUCUGUGAGAAGAAAUAAUAAUUUACCU